AAAGAGAGGAAACUUCGGUGUGUUGCGUUCGCUCCUUUUUGUGAUGCGGUUGUUUUUCGAUGUAAAAUUAAUAUAUGAAUUUUGAUUUGAUCGUUUCCAUAUUAAAAUACCAAUAAUGGAGGUUACUAGGAAAAAUUUUAAAAAGGCUUUGCCACUUGUAAACGAGUCUAUAGGAAAGGCAGAUUUCUUGGCUAUUGAUGCAGAGUUUACAGGUUUAAUGAACGGAAGGGAUGUAUCAUUAUUUGAUUCUCCAUCUGAGUAUUACAAUCGGCUAUACAAUGGUGCCAGUGAAUUUUUACCGAUUCAGUAUGGAAUAUGUGCGUUUUAUUGGAACGAAGAAAAGAAGCACUAUAUGAAUGAUGCAUAUAACUUUUAUUUGUUCCCUCGAAGACCUGGACCUGAGAAAAUAUUUAUGUGCCAGAGCUCAAGUUUGGACUUCUUAGCUUCACAGGGUUUUGAUUUCAACAAAUUGAUAAAAGAAGGAAUAUCUUAUAUGACUGAGGCAAAUGAGAGCAGACUGCGUGAUAUAUUAACAGAAAGACAAAAAAAUUAUUCUGUAGAAAAAGACCUUAUAAGCAUACCAGAACAACAUAAACAACAAAUUUCAGACAUUUGCAAAAGAGUGCGUAAGUUUCUGGAUGACAAAGAUGCAGAGUGCAUGGAAAUUGAUCGCUGUAAUAAUUUUGUCAGAAGAUUAUUGUUUCAAGAGCUUGCUCAGUUUAAAAGUGAAGCAUUUGUUGAAACAAAGAUUUUAGAAAAUCAAAACAGGGUACUUAAGGUGACACGUUUAAAAGAAGGAGAUGACAUUACAAGUAAAGACAAUGAGAAAAAAGAGAAAGAGUGGGAGGAGGUUGAGGAUGCUGUGGGUUUCUCCAAAGUAGUUCGGAUGAUCAGUCAGUCGGGCAAGCUGGUGAUAGGUCACAAUAUGUUGCUUGACGUGCUGCAUACUCUCAACCAUUUCUUUCAACCAUUACCAGAGGAUUAUCCUUCUUUCAAAGAGUUUGCGCAUUGUAUGUUUCCAAGGUUAUUAGAUACAAAAUACAUGUCCAGCCUGCCCCCCUUUAAAGACAAGAUCAAUUCAAGCGUAUUACAGCAUUUGUUCAUCACACUAUCUGAAGAACCAUUCUCUCUUCCCAAAGCUGACUCUGUGAACGAUCGCGGCUACAGUAGCACGGAUGAUAAGCACCACGAGGCCGGGUACGACGCGUACGUGACCGGGUUGUGUUUCCUCGGGAUGUACCUUCAUCUGUCACGCAUGCGCGGCGAAGACAGCGCGCGGCUGCGGGAUCCGACCUCGCCGGUGUUGAAGCCGUUCAUGAACAAAUUGUUCCUGGCGAAGACUGCGCACCAAGAUUCGCCUUACAUGAACCUUACGGGCGCUGAUCCGACACCGUCGAGGGAUCAUGUGUUCCAUUUGACAUUUCCGCUCGAGUGGCAGAGGAAUGAUAUCAAUCAACUAUUCAGUCCUUUUGGUCCGGUGACGGUUCAGUUCCUGGACGACGUGUCAGCGAUAGUCGCGUUGACUAGACGUGAACAAGCCCGUGACGUCGCACGGGCACUUAGUAAAAAUAGUAAAGUGUCACUCGUUUCCUUCACCAAGUACAAGCAUAAAACGACCAGUGGGAAGGUACAACAAGUUCGACGGCAGAUGUCUCCUUUGAAACACGUACCCACACCUGAAGUUAAACCUCGGCAAGCUCCCACUACCGCUACAGCGACAAGCAGUUUACCACCACCGACUUCUCCGGUGGUCGCGGCUCGACCCCGCUCCAACAGCGUCAGCGCGCCUUCGCCAACGGCCACCACGAGGAAGAGGACAUCUUCAGGAGUGUUCCAGGUGGAUGAAGCAGAGCCGCCGCAGAAGAAAACUGAAAUAGUCAGAUCAAAUUCUGAUGGCGCUCGUGCAAAGCCAGAUAUUGUGCGCAACGGCCGAAAAUCUUUGGAUGCAGACGCAGACAACGACAAACAGAGACAGAACGAAAAAAAGAAAGAGACAGAAAUCACCGUUACAGAAACAUUCGGCAAUGAAGCGAAAAGCAAAACUGUGACAGCUUUCAAAGAAAGCGACAGUUGGGAUUAAAUAUAGGAAUAAAUGGAUGUUGUCAGUU